AGUGGCUGAAUGGGGAGCGCUGCUGUCCCCAAGCCGAUUGGUACUUCUUCUCAGGAAGAAUCGCUGAGAGGUGGGAGUGCCCGGGGAGGGAGGCAGGCGGUCCCUGCAGCUGGCGCCGGGAGGGAGCUGCCUUUCCGCCCCUUUGCCUGUUUCCAAGUCUGGGCUCUUAGGAGUGGCUCAAACUGCCGAGCGCUUCUGGAGCCUGUGAAUGAACCCUCCUCCUUCUCCUUCCUCCUCCUUCUCCUCCUCCUCCUCCUCCUCCUCGCCUCCUCCUCGGUGCUGACGGUACAGUGAUAUAAUGAUGAUGGGUGUCACAACCCGUAUUUGAACUUGCAGACGAGCUACCCCCAGCCUUUCGAGGGGGAAGAACUCCAGCAAGGAGGGCGCACCAGCCCGUGAACAUUAGGUGCUGUGGACAGGCGCUGGGACCGGGAUCAGCGACCAGCCCCGCAUCCUGCCACCUUCUCCAGCAGCGUCCCGCACUCUCGGCUUCUCUCCCCCGCCCCUCCUCCCCAGGCCACCACGCUUCCUAUGUGACCCGCCCUGGCCAACGCCGAGCCCAUUCGCGCAGCGCUGCGGUGAAAAAAAUUCUCCCUUAAACAGCAAUAAGCCGCCUUUCAAGGACAAGAUGUUGUUAAAUAUAAAAGGCAUCGCAUGGAUAUGUUCUACCUUAAUAGCAAUCCAUGCACUACAUAAAGUCAAAGCAGAAAACAGCCCACCUGUCACAGGCUCUCUCUCUGGAAAAAUCAACCUACCUUGUCACUUUCCCACCAUGCCCACAUUACCACCCAGUUACAACAACCCCAGUGAAGUUCUCCGAAUCAAAUGGUCUAAGAUCGAAGUGGACAAAAAUGGAAAAGAUUUAAAGGAGACUACUGUUCUUGUGGCCCAGAAUGGGAAUAUCAAGAUUGGUGAGGGAUACAAAGGGAGAGUGUCGGUGCCUACCCAUCCUGAGGACAUUGGCGACGCCUCGCUCACUGUAGUCAAACUGCGUGCCAGUGACGCAGGCCUCUACCGCUGCGAUGUCAUGUAUGGGCUCGAAGACACACAGCAUACUGUGUCAUUGGCAGUGGAUGGGGUUGUAUUUCACUACCGGGCAUCAAGCAGCAGGUACACUCUGUCCUUCGAGGCAGCUCAGAAGGCUUGUUUGAAUGUUGGGGCUGUCAUUGCUACCCCCGACCAGCUCUUUGCUGCCUAUGAAGAUGGAUUCGAGCAGUGUGACGCAGGAUGGCUGUCUGAUCAGACUGUUAGGUAUCCCAUCCGUGCCCCCCGGGAAGGCUGUUAUGGGGAUAUGAUGGGGAAGCAGGGAGUUAGGACCUAUGGAUUCCGUUCUCCUCAUGAAACUUACGAUGUAUAUUGUUAUGUGGAACAUCUGGACGGUGAAGUGUUCCACAUCACUGGACCAAACAAAUUCACCUUCGAGGAAGCUGAAGAAGAAUGUGAAAACCAGGGUGAACGACUGGCAACAGUGGGCGAGCUCCAUGCCGCGUGGAGGAAUGGUUAUGACCGGUGUGACUACGGGUGGCUUUCGGAUAGCAGUGUUCGCCACCCUGUGACUGUGGCCAGGGCCCAGUGUGGAGGUGGUUUACUUGGGGUGAGAACCCUGUAUCGUUUUGAGAACCAGACAGGCUUCCCUACCCUUGAUAGCAGAUUUGAUGCCUACUGCUUUAAACCCAAACAGAAUAUAUCAGAGACUACAACGAUCAAACUGGAUAUCUUCACAGAAACUGAAUCUUCUACUUUAUCCAAAGAACUGAUACCUGACAGACCUACACCAAUGACCCCUUUAGUCACUGAAUUACCUAUUAUUACAACUAAAUUCCCUCCUGUUGGAAAUAUGCUUAAUUCUGAACAUAAAACCACAAUUCAAUCUCAAGCUCUCACAUAUAGAUCAACCCCUGAAUUAACCAUACCUGUUGGAAGUACCAAGAAGCCUUCUGAUAUGAGCUACUACUUCCCUCCUACUUCAGGACCACGCGGAAAGCUGGAUAUAUCUGAAAUUAAAGAAGAAGUGUUCCAAAGUACAUCUGUUAUCUCUCAUCAUACCACAGAUUCGUGGGAUGACACUAUCAAAGAUAGACAGACACAGGACUCAGUUACACAAGUUGAACAAAUAGAAGUAGGUCCUUUGGUAACAUCUAUGGAAACCCCAAAGCACAUUCCUUCCAAGAAAUUCUCUGUCACUGAAACACCAUCUGUACCUUCAACUAUGAUCCUGGAAUCUGAAACUGACAAGAAAACAGUAAGCAUAAUAUCUGAAUCAGUGACCACUAGCCCCUAUAGUUUCCUCUCAGGAAAGAAUCAUAAUGGUGAAGAAAAGACAUCUACAGUUAGAUUUUAUCACAGAACCCCAGUCUUUAGUCAAAUCCCUGAAGUUGUUACUGUUUCAAAGAUUUCAGAGGACACAGCCCCUACUCAACUAGAACAUAUGGAAUCAACCUCAGCAUCAACAGUAGUUCCCCCUGUGCCUAUUCCUUAUAAUGAGGGAUCAUCCAUGGAUCGCUGGGAAGAAAAACAAAUGAAUGAUAGGGUAACUGAAAAUGGUUUUGACCAGUAUACUUCCACUACACCUUUCCCAUCACAGCAUCACACAGAAGUAGAUUCUUUCCCUUAUUCUGGUGACAAACUAGUUGAGAGAAUAUCCACAGUUAUUUACCCUUUCCCAGGAACAGAAAUGACACCAGAAAAUGAAAGAACAGAAGCAAGAGACGUGACAGAAGAUUAUACAACUCCAGAUGGGUUAGAAACAGAUGACUCUCAAGGUACUACCAAGUAUGAGGGUAUUACAGCAGUGCAUUUGACCCAUAGCACUUUAAAUUUGGACAUAGUUACUGUAUCCAAAUGGUCAUGGGAUGAUGAUAAUACAACCCCAAAGCCUUUAGGACCCACAGAACAUAUAUUCUCUUCAAAGUCACCUCCUGUCUUACUCACCACUGUGGGCGUCAAUGAAAAGGAUAAAGAAACCCCAAGUUUCACUGAUUAUGGAAGAGAUAAAUCUAGUCUUGUCUCAGGUAGUACUAAAAAGCCACUAGAGGAAUUUACUGAGGGAGGCUCAGCUGAACCUGAAAAGUCCACAGUUAGAUUUCAACCAACUGCAUCAACUGGUAUUGCAGAAAAGUCAACUCCGAAAGAUUUUACAAUGGAGGAAAAAAUUUUACCUAUCACAAGCUUGGAAGGAGGCAUUAUUUAUGCAACCAUUGAAGGAAGUACUUCAGAUGAAGAUGUGGAAGUCUCUAAGCCAACAUCAAUCACCCCCCAAUUUGCAUACUCUACAGAUUUAGAAGGAUUGGUAUUUGUUAAUUACAGUAGCACCCAGGAGCCUACUACUUAUGUAGACACUUCCCAUACCACUGCUCUUACUGUAAUUCCCAAGACAGAAUGGGGAGUACUGGUACCUUUUGUUUCACCAGAAGGUGAAGUUUUAGGAGAAUCCUCUCAAGAUGUACACGCCAUUGAUCAGAUUCACUUGGAGAAAACUAUGACUCCUGAAACUAUAAGAACAACAGAAAUUAUUCAAGGAACAAAGAAGGAAGGAUUCCCUUGGAAGGAACAGACUCCAGAUAAGCCAUCUCCUGCUCUCAGCUCUACAGCUGUUGCAACAACCCCUCUGGAUGAAGAAGAUGGUGAUGGGUCAGCUUACACAGUUUCUGAAGACAAGUUGGUCACAGAUUCUCAGACAGUACCAGAUUUAGAAACAAUACCAAUCAGAAAACUUGACCACAGUAUACCUUAUUCCCCAGGUGUUGUCACUGAGUAUAAAGCAAAAACAGAUGAAGUAGUAACAGUAAUACCAACAGUGGAGUUAAAGACUUCUUUAAGUCCAGAGUCUGAAGAAAGACACGGAACAGAAAGUACUAGUUCAGCCUCUCUCAGUAUCAGUAGUACUCAGUUUAUAGAGGAAACCACUACUGAGAUUAAAGAAAAAACAUCCCUAGAUUAUAUUGAUUUAGGUUCAGGAUUAUUUGAAAAACCCCAAACCACAGAGUUUCCAGCCUUUAUAAGCACAGUUCCCAGUGAUAUCACUGCUGCCUUCAGUUCAAUAGACAGACUUGACACAACUCUAGCACCCAAGAUGUCUUCAGUGCCCACUGAGAAGCCACCUCUCAUUGAUGUUGAAGCUGGUGAAGAAACAGUGAGUGACAUGAUCAUUAUUGGCGAAUCAACAUCCCAGGUCCCUCCCACUGCCACUGAGGAUAUUCUACCCAAGGAAACAGAUACUGACAUUGAUAAAGAAUAUUUUACAACUUCUUCUACUCAGGCUACACAGCCAACAAGAUCACCUACUACAGAAGAUAAAGAGGUCAUCAGUCCUCAGGCACCAUCCACUACAGAAACCCCAGGGACAAAAUUCCACCCAGACAUAAAUGUCUAUAUUAUUGAGGUCAGAGAAAAUAAGACAGAUCGAAUGAGUAAUGUAAUUGGUCAUCCAAUAGAUUCAGAAUCUAAAGAAGACGAACCUUGUAGUGAAGAAACUGAUCCAGAACACGAUCUAAUUAUCUCUAUACCUCACAUCAUUGAGAUAGAUCUAUACCCCAGUGAAGAAGAUGAAGGGGGAGAUGAAGACUGUGAAAAUGCAACUGAUGUCACAACCACCCCAUCGGUGCAGUAUAUAAAUGGAAAGCAUCUAGUCACCACUGAGCCCAAGCAACAAGAAGUGGCAGAAGCUAGGCGUGGCCAGUUUGAAAGUGUUGCUCCUUCUCAGAACUUUUCUGACAGCAGUGAAACUGAGAGUCACCCAUUUGUUUUAGCUGAAACUGGAUUAUCUACCGCCGUGCAACCCAACGAAUCCAAAGAAACCACAGAGUCCCUUGAAAUAACAUGGAUACCUGAGACUCAUUCUGAAACAGCAGAACAGUUUUCAGGUGGUGAGCCUGAUGCUUUUCCUACAGUUCUGUUCCAGGAGGGAGAAGCCACAGAAAGGCCAGAGUCAACCACCAAGAGCGGUCGUGAACCGGAUAAUCUGGUGCACGAACAGACUCAUCCUGUACCUUUGUUUUCUGACGAGUACUCUGGAGACUCCUCAGAAAUAUCAAUUUCAAGGACAACUGAAGUAACCUUUGGCGAGGAAGCAGAAAAAAGUCCUUCUGCCACGCAUACUCCAAGUAGAUUUUCAAGUUCAGUGUCAGUAAAUACUUCAGAGAAAGUAUCAGCCACCUUAACAGGAAACUCAUGGUCUGAAGAUCUAGUGCCCACUGUAGAAAGCUGGGUGAAAGCAACUCCUGGUCAAACUAUAGGAUGGUCAGGGACUCCCUCAAUGUUAAUACCAGAGGGCUCUGGAGAUGUAGAAGAUGAUAAGGAUAAAAUAUUCACCAUCAUAACUGAUUCGUCACAGAGAAAUACCACAGAUACACUUGUUGCUUUAGAUGCUAGCAGUGCAGUGAUCCCAGAAGAUCAUUUUUAUUCCAUUUCUGAACAACCUUCUACGGAAGUUAUGCCAACCAAAUUUGUAAGAAAAGCAGACACUUUUGAGUGGGUUUUCAACACAUCUACUGAGGGGAAGGAAAAAGAGGAUGAGGGGGUGGGAACUACAACUCUGCCUUCUACCGCUGAGGUGUAUUCACCUACACAGAGAUUAGAGCAAUUAAUUUUACCCUUUGAAUUAGAAAGCUCAAAUGACACAACACCUAGUGAUUCAGCAUCUGUUACCAGAAAAGAUUUUAUGUCCUUGACAACACCUACACAGUCUGAAAGGGAAAUGACAAGUUCCACAUUUGUCUUCACAGAGGCAAAUGUCUUAGACAGUGUGGGGACACAGUCUUCUGUGCUCAAGAUUAGCAGUCAGCCUGGCACUCAUGAAGCACUGACCUCUCUGUCAGGUAGCCCCUUUAUGGAGCAGGGCUCAGGAGAAAUAGCUGGUGAGCCAGAAACCACCACUACUGCUUCAUUUCCAUUAAAUUUAGACCCUGGGUUUCAAACCAAAAAAGUAGUUGGAACUUUGCCUUCCCAGGUGGAAGCUAUAUUCCCUUUUGAGCCAACAGGACUAGCUUCGACUACUGCAACAGAUAAAGAAAUUACUGAAUUCAUAAGCCCAACACCCAAGGGAAUUUUAACAUCAAAUGUAUUAGGAGAGUUUCCUGAGGGGGCAGAAAUAAAGGAAUUUUCUACAGAUUUGCCAAUGGAGGAAGAUUUCAGUGGUGACCUUAGAGAAUACACAGUUUCUCGUCCCAUACCAAAAGAAGAAACAGUAAUUCCAGAAAGCUCUGGAGAUGCAGCAUUUAUGGAUACCCAGAAUCUACCAUCUGUAAUACCUACUUCAGAUUCCAUCAGUCACAAAGCUGACUUGGAAAGACCUGGUAGUACCUUGGUCAGCUCUUCAGCCUUUCCUUGGGAAGAAUUCACAGCCUCAGCUGAAGGUUCAGGUGAGCCACUGGCCUCAUUCAAUAGCUCUGUUGAACAAGUGUUUCCUAGUGCUGUGGGAGAUAUUUCUGGUACAGAUCCCUCAUCUCUUGAACAAAGACCAGCAGAAGUAGAUGCUAUGAAUGAUGGUAAUAAAAGUUCAACCAUUUUACCGAGAGCUAAAGUUGAAGGCACUGAAGCCCCAAUAGACAUGGAGGAUAUAAAAGUUUAUAGUACAGUCUCAGUGGACUUUCCUGAAACUAUUCAGCCAGCCAAAUUAUGGUCCAGCCAAGAGGUCAGCCCUUCAGGACAAGGAGCUGAGAGCAAAAUAGCAUCAGAGAAAACAAUUCAUGAACAAAAACUUGUUGACUCUCCCCAAAGCUCUUUCCCACCAGAACAAGCAAUUUCUGAUUCACAAACAUUUGUAGAACCCAAACUCCGAGCCACAGAUUUUCCUAUAUUAGCAACAAAGACAAUGCACCAUACUGAUGAGGAAAGAAAAUAUGGAGGCAUUUCCCUGGUUGAUGUGUCUCCUCCAGAUGCAGACACUGAGGACUUUAAGUCCUACCAUGUUCUCCUGGAAGCUACUGAAAAAUCCCAGUUCUUUUUAGUUACUACCUCAGCAACUGAAUCUACACCAACUGAAAGUGUAAUUACAGACUCCUCAAUCAGAGAAGAAGAAAGUAUAGAACCCGUCUCCAAAUUUACAAGCCCAAUCAUUCAUGAGUCAAAUACUGAUCUCUUAUUCUCUGGAUUAGGAUCAGGAGAAAUUUUGUCUACUACAGAAUCAGUGAGCGUUACUGAAAUGGAACAAAUCAUUCACACAAUAUCUCCCCAGGCCUCUCAAGUGGAGAGUUCAGAAACAAGUAUCUUAAAUGAUAACACCAAAGACUAUGAAAGAACAAAAAAUGUGCCACAUGAUUUUACACCAUUUGAUUCCAGAAUAGAAAACCUCUCUGAAAAUAGUGAGGCAGCAUCCAGCACAACCCUGCUAAAAGUUUUAAGUGAUACUCGAGUACAAGGCACCACAAUUGCGCCAACCUCUUUCUCCACAGACACUGAACAGAAGCUAGAGCAGAACUUCAGUUGGACAGAAUCAGUCCAGACUAGUAGGCCACAACCUGUGACUGAACAAAUUUCUAAUGAGAAUUCUUCAGCAGCAGAAGAUGAAGAAACAGCCACCUCUUCCACAGAUUUUUUCACUAGAAUUUAUGAACUUGGUUGGAUGAAAGAGUUUGUUACAUCAGCACCGAAACCAUUCAACUUGUUUUAUGAACAUUCUGGAGAAGGAUCUGGAGAAGUGGAUAAGGUCAAUUUACCUCACCCUUUUGGAACUGCUGAAGCCAGUAUGCAAAGAAGCACCACUUUUGAAUCUGAUAUGUUAGAAAAACAUCCUGAGGUUUCAAGUGCCAAUGCUGUUACUUUUGAUGGGUUCCCUACAGUUUCAGUCAUCCUACCUCUUCAUUCUGAGCAGAAUGUAAGUUCUCCUGAUCCAACCAGCACAUUGUCGAAUACAGUGUCAUAUGAGAGGUCCACAGAAAGUAUUGGAGGUACUCUCCAAGAUCACUUGAGUGGACUUACAACUUCUACCUUAAAACCUGACAAAAGAAAAUCCACUGAAAAUAUUAUUAUAGAUUUGGACAAAGAGGACAAAGAUUUAAUAUUGACAAUGACAGAGAGUACCAUCCUUGACAUUCUACCUGAACUGACAUCCGAUAAAAAUACCAUCAUAGAUAUUGAUCACACUAAAAGUGUAGAUGAAGAUAUAUUUGGAAUGCAAACAGACAUAGAUCCAGAGGCACCAUCAGAACCACAUAGCACAAAUGAAGAAAUUCCUCAACUUCAAGAGGAAUAUGAGGCAACUGUAAAUCUUUCUUUCACUGGGGAAAAUUUUGAGGGCUCUGGUGAUACUCUUUUCCCUGGCUACACUCAGAAUGAAUCUAUGGCUUCUGAAGAUGAGAGCCAAACAGACCACAUGGAUGUCUUCUUCACAACCGGGGUUCCUGUUCUUAGUACAGAAACAAGAAUUUUGCUUUCCACAGCAACAUCCCUGCCCACUUCUAGUCAGUCUGUCACACUUACUCCAAAGAUUGAAGAAACAAAAAUGGAAGCAAAACCACUAGAUGACAUCUUUGAAUCAAGCACUUUGUCUGAUGGUCAAGCUAUUGCAGAUCAGAGUGAAAUAAUAUCAACAUUGAGCCACUUGGACAGAACACAGGAUGAGAAUGAAGAAAAGAAGCAUGCAAGCCCCUCUUUUCAGCCAGAAUUCUCUUCAGGAGCCGAGGAGUCACUGAUAGAUCCUACUCCUGAUGUAAGUAUUGGUGGUAUUCACCUUAUGACUCAGAGUUUAACAGAGGAACCAAAUGUGAGUUUCACAGAGACACCAAAUGUGACUGAGGAACCCAGUCUCCCAGAUUUUACUGAUACUCCACCAGUUGUUUCAGCUUUUGAAAAAUUGUCCUCUCAGACACCAUCAUUGCCAUUCACAAUCCAUUUAGACAGUGGAUUCUCUGAUCACUCAGAGAACACUCAGCCAAGUGCUCUGCCAAGUACAGACAUCAAGGCACCCCACAUAUCUCCAGGAAAACAUACAAAUGUUGAAACUCCUUUCAAAUCAUCCACUGAACUGUACUUUCACAAAACUGAGGUUCCACCCUCAUCUCCUAAUGCAAAACCAUCAGAAGAUCAAAAUAAAGAUAGGUUCUUAGAACAAAAGGAAGCUUUCCCCACAGAACUAAUUAAAGAAGGAACAGAGAUUUCCCCAGACCCCCACAGUGACACCAGUGUUCACUUUUCCGGAGAAACAACCAAGGUAUUUCCUAGCCUUGGAUCACCCAAGGCUCAAACUGUUAUCCUAACUACAGGUAAAAUUAAAUCAGAAAAUGCUACCCUCUGGCCAGAUUCUGCUUCUGCUUCUGUGAUCUUUCUUACUGAGUCCAACAUAGUGCCUCAGCCCAGUCCACAGACUUCUGAGUGGUCCACCAUUCCUUCUUCUCAAGAAAUAAACCCCGAAACACAAUCAGUUUUGAUCAAAGAGGAAGAUUCCACAGUAGCAGCACCAGAACAGCAAAUGUCAGUGAGAAUUGUUGGUUCCAAUAACCAGGCUACAGUAAAUACUUUGACGUUACAUACUGAGCUUACAACACCAUCAUUUUCCCUUCUGGAAACUUCCAAUGAAACCGGUUUCCUGAUUGGCAUGAAUGAAGAGUCAGUGGAAGGCACAGCGGUUUACUUACCAGGACCUGAUCGUUGCAAAAUGAAUCCGUGCCUCAAUGGAGGCACCUGCUAUCCCACUGAAACAUCCUAUGUGUGCACCUGUGUGCCGGGGUACAGCGGUGACCAGUGUGAACUCGAUUUUGACGAAUGCCACUCUAAUCCUUGUCGAAACGGAGCCACAUGCAUUGAUGGGUUUAACACAUUCAGGUGUCUCUGCCUUCCAAGCUAUGUUGGUGCACUUUGUGAGCAAGACACCGAAACUUGUGACUACGGCUGGCACAAAUUCCAAGGGCAGUGCUACAAAUACUUUGCCCAUCGACGCACGUGGGAUGCAGCUGAACGGGAAUGCCGUCUGCAGGGAGCCCAUCUCACGAGUAUUCUCUCCCAUGAAGAACAAAUGUUUGUCAAUCGUGUGGGCCAUGAUUACCAGUGGAUAGGCCUCAAUGACAAGAUGUUUGAGCAUGACUUCCGUUGGACUGACGGCAGCACACUGCAAUAUGAAAACUGGAGACCCAACCAGCCAGACAGCUUCUUUUCAGCUGGAGAAGACUGUGUUGUCAUCAUUUGGCAUGAGAACGGCCAGUGGAACGAUGUCCCUUGCAAUUACCAUCUCACCUAUACCUGCAAGAAGGGAACAGUUGCUUGCGGCCAGCCCCCUGUUGUAGAAAAUGCCAAGACCUUUGGAAAGAUGAAACCUCGUUAUGAAAUCAACUCCCUGAUUAGAUAUCACUGCAAAGAUGGUUUCAUUCAACGCCACCUUCCAACUAUCCGUUGCCUAGGAAAUGGAAGAUGGACUAUGCCUAAAAUUACCUGCAUGAACCCAUCUGCAUACCAAAGGACUUACUCUAUGAAAUACUUUAAAAAUUCUUCAUCAGCAAAGGACAAUUCAGUAAAUACAUCAAAACAUGAACAUCGUUGGAGCCGGACGUGGCAGGAGUCCAGGCGCUGAUCCCUAAAGUGGCGGACAUAUGUUUUCAUCAUUUUCAGCCAAAGUCCUAACUUCCUGUGCCUUUCCUGUCACCUUGAGAAGUAUUAUCAGUUGAUGUGGAUUUUUGGAUCAGUGUCCAGUCAUUGUGGAUUGCUGUGCUUCCAAAAUGUUUCAGAUGAAAAGUAUUGACAUUCAAAAACAAAGCAAACGAAAGAAAAUGAGGGCCAAAAAAAGGAAAAGAAAAAGAAAAAAAGGAACCAUUUCCAGACUAUGUAAUUUCUUUAGUUUUCUAUCUGCCUCCAGUGCAGACCAUUUUAUAAUGUAUACCAGCCUACUGUACUAUUUAAAAAAAAAAAAAAACAGAACAAAACUCAAUUUCAGCACCAAUGGCAAUGUAAAUAAGAUGAUUUAAUGUUGAUUUUAAUCCUGUAUAUAAAAUAAAAAGUCACACUGAGUUCAGGCAUAUUUAAUGGUGAUUAUGGAACUCUUGGAGGUCUUUAAUCAUUGGGUUGGCUGCUUUGUUGUACAUUGUUGAGGCUGGAAAUGGUUUCCUUUGCCCGUUGACCAUCAGUAAGACUAAGGACCACUUUUUCUGGACAACUAAAAAGAAAAAAAAAUGCAGAGUCCUGUUGGUCACUGCACCAUCUCGGCUGGAGGUACAGUUUGCUUUGAUGUGAUGCUGAAGCCUGGCUAAUGGAAUCCUGACUGAACUGUUAGGACUGCAGUAUGGACCUCUUCUGUACUGCAUUCCAUCUGUUUUGUUUUCUUUACUACAAGAAAGGCCUGGAUGGAGGACUUUUCUAUUCCCAGGAGCAUUUGUUUUUUAGGGAUCAAAGUGCUAAGUAUUAACUCAACCAGGUCUACUUUUUAAUGGCUUUCCUAACUCUAACUUUCAAGGUUACAGGUCAACACAUUUCAAAUGAAUAGAGGCUUAGGGCUCUGGUGGGUGGGGGAUUGUUAAAACAACACACAUUCAAAGAAAGAAAUUUUGUAUAUAUAACCAUUUUAAUCUUUUAUAAAGUGUUUGAAUGUCCAUGUAUGAAUGCUGCAGCUGUGAAGCAUACAUAAAUAAAUGAAGUAAGCCAUACUGAUUUAAUUUAUUGGAUGUUAUUUUCUCCCCCAAACCUGAAAAUUGACAUAGUAUGCUAGUAAUUUUUCAGUGUUAGCUUUUAUACUUCCCUCACACAGUUUGGAAUUACAUAAUCUGAGUACUUUGUCCCUGAUUGAAUAAUGUGAUGGAUAGACAAGCAUCAAGUGUUUGUGAUGAAAAGAGUGGAAACGUGUAUAGUUUUCAGAAAAAUGGUGUUUGCUCAUCCUCAGUAAGGAAUAUGUCUUUAGAAAUAGUGUGGAUAUUUCUUCCUGUUAGGUGGAUUGUAUGUGUUGAAAUUUCUCUCUAUAUUUUCCCACUCUGUUUUCUCCUCUUUAUUUGAAUAAAGUGACUGCUGAAGCUGA